AUGAUUAAAUGGUAUGAUUUCCCGUCAGCUUUAAACGCAAUGUACGGUGUAUUCUCCUCAGGAAUAUGCUUAAGAAGCAAGGCUCAUUCUAUGACAGUCAUCGGGUCGACAGCGCCAGAUCGGCGACAGCUGACAGUGACAGUGACAGCUGACAGUGACAGUGACAGUGACUUAGGCCCUGCUGCUGGGGAGCUACGGGCCUAUUCCUUGCGGUAG